AUGGCUGUUGAUUCGAUCUUGUCUUCUCCUUUGGGUCCUCCGGCGUGUGAGAAAGAUGCAAAAAAGCUUCAAUUCAUUGAAGAAAUGACCCGAUAUGCUGAUUCAGUUCAGGAGCAAGUUUUGGCAGAAAUUCUGAGCAGAAAUUCUCACACUGAAUAUAUAAAAAGCUUUAAUCUCGAUGGAGCCGUUGAUCGUGAAACAUUUAAAUCCAAAAUCCCAAUAGUUACGUAUGAAGAUCUCCAGCCUCUGAUUCGAAGAAUUGCUAAUGGAGAUAGAUCUCCAAUUUUAUCUGCUAACCCUGUUUCUGAAUUCCUCACCAGUUCUGGAACUUCAGCCGGUGAAAGAAAACUUAUGCCGACAAUCAAAGAAGAAUUGGAUCGUCGUCAGCAACUUUACAGUCUUCUCAUGCCUGUUAUGAACCUUUACGUGAAGGGUUUGGACAAAGGCAAAGGGCUAUACUUCUUGUUUGUGAAAUCCGAGACGAAGACUCCGGGUGGGCUCCUGGCUCGACCCGUUCUCACAAGCUAUUACAAGAGUGAUCACUUCAAGACCCGACCCUAUGACCCUUACAAUGUUUACACAAGCCCAAAUGAAGCUAUUCUAUGUGCUGAUUCUUUCCAAAGCAUGUAUACACAAAUGCUAUGCGGUCUCUAUGAGCGUGAACAAGUCCUUCGGGUCGGAGCAGUUUUUGCGUCUGGCCUCCUCCGGGCCAUCCGCUUCCUCCAGCUCAACUGGCCACAACUAGCUCAAGACAUACUAACUGGAUCUCUUAACCCGAAGGUGACCGACCCGGCAAUCCAGGAAUGCAUGACUGGAGUUUUGAGACCUGACCCGGAGUUGGCGGAAUUUAUUGCCAAGGAGUGUGCUAAAGAAAAUUGGGAGGGAAUUAUCACUAGAAUUUGGCCCAACACAAAAUAUCUUGAUGUUAUUGUUACAGGUGCAAUGGCUCAAUAUAUCCCAACUCUUGAUUACUAUAGUGGUGGAUUGCCAAAAGCAUGCACCAUGUAUGCAUCUUCAGAGUGUUAUUUUGGGCUCAAUCUCAACCCCAUGUGCAAGCCAUCUGAAGUUUCCUACACCAUCAUGCCUAACAUGGCCUAUUUCGAGUUCCUGCCACACGAACCUAACUCGGUUGGAGUCGCUCGUGAUUCUCCUCCCCAACUUGUUGAUCUUGCGGACGUAGAAAUCGGUAAGGAAUAUGAACUUGUGAUCACGACUUAUGCUGGAUUGUAUCGCUACAAAGUUGGUGACAUCCUCAGAGUCACUGGUUUCCACAACUCAGCACCCCAAUUCCAUUUUGUGAGACGUAAAAAUGUUCUUUUAAGCAUUGACUCAGACAAAACCGAUGAGGCUGAACUUCAAACUGCAGUCGAGAAUGCUUCGCUACUCCUACGUGAACACAAUGCUAGCGUUGUGGAAUACACGAGUUAUGCUGACACAAAAACAAUUCCUGGUCAUUACGUGAUCUAUUGGGAAUUACUCGUAAAGGACUUGGUAAACUCGCCAAGCAACGAUGUGCUAAACCAAUGUUGUCUAGCAAUGGAGGAGUCGCUCAACUCAGUGUACCGCCAAUGCCGAGUGGCGGACAACUCCAUCGGGCCACUAGAAAUACGUGUGGUUAAAAAUGGCACAUUUGAAGAGUUGAUGGACUAUGCAAUUUCAAGGGGUGCCUCCAUAAAUCAAUACAAAGUGCCAAGGUGUGUUAGCUUUACACCAAUCAAGGAACUUCUUGACUCAAGAGUCAUGUCAUCACAUUUUAGCCCAUCACCGCCUCAGUGGACUCCCAAACGACGCCACCAUUAA